AUGCGCAAUACGUACUUCCGUAGAAGAAGCUACUAGAAGCGGAAGUUGUCCGGGGCGCGAACCUUUCUUCAAAACACAAUCAACCAAAUGAGUUUCUGAAUAACAACUGUUCCCACAAUGCCUCUGUCAACCCAGUCGCAAGGCGAUGCUGAACAAUACGUUUUAGUGGCCAGUUUGGAUAACGCUCGCAAUCUGUCCAACAUACUGAAAGCAAUCACAUUUAAAGACCAUGCCAUCUUCAGCGCCACACCCAACGGCCUGAAGGUUACUGUGGAGGACUCCAAAUGUCUGCAAGCCAAUGCCUUCAUCCAGGCUGAGAUCUUCCAAGAGUUCACCAUAAAGGACGAUUCCGUGGGUUUUCAGGUCAACCUCACAGUUCUGCUGGACUGCCUCAAUAUAUUUGGAGGAAGCACAGUACCAGGAGUAUCAACAGCCUUGCGGAUGUGCUACAAGGGGUACGGUUACCCCCUGACCCUGUUCCUAGAGGAGGGUGGAGUCGUCACUGUGUGCAAGAUCAACACCCAAGAACCAGAAGAGCCAGUGGACUUUGAGUUCUGCAGUACCAACGUCACAAAUAAGGUGAUCCUGCUGUCAGAAAGUCUGAAGGAAGCCUUUUCUGAGCUGGACAUGACCAGUGAGGUGCUUCAGAUCACUAUGUCCCCCAGCCAGCCAUACUUUAGGUUGUCUACGUUUGGGAACUCUGGAAAUGCCCAUUAUGAUUAUCCCAAAGACUCUGACAUGAUGGAGCUUUUCCGAUGCACCAAAACACAAACCAACAGGUACAAGAUGUCCCUGCUGAAGCCAUCCACCAAAGCCCUGGCUUUGUCCUGUAAAGUCUCCGUGAGGACAGACAGCAGGGGCUUCCUCUCUCUGCAGUACCUGGUCAGGAACGACGAUGGACAGAUCUGCUUUGUAGAAUAUUUUUGUUGUCCUGACGAGGAGGUGGAGGAGCAGUAAUUAGUCUGUGGAAUUCCCCUUUAAACAAGCACCGUAACUUCGGUGGUGGCCAGUCGCUUUGAAUUUGUAGGCAGUCUAGCCAGUGGGGUGCACACCAGAAAUAAAUGCUGGACUUAAUGGACACAGUGGCAAAGGCUGCAUUGUUUUUACAAAAUUACCUGGUUCACUAUUUGCCAAGUAAUUUGAGUGGAGCAUUUCCACUGGAUUUGUGGAAAGAUAAUGCCACCUACCUGGUCUUAUCCCCGUGUGUAGUUAGACCACUAUUAUAACGAGUACAUAAUUCCAUACAGAUAUGUACUACUGUUUGUUACCAUGGAGACUGAGGUACUUGUCUCCCUCGACAUAUAAACAUUGCCUGUAACUUCAUGAGCAUGCAGUUUGUAGACCAAUUGUGAUCUGGUCAUGGUCUGUGUACAGUACGUUAUCUUUCUGGAGCUUCUGCCUUUGUUCUUUGACACAUGGAGUGAGCUGGUUGAUGGCCCAGAAAAGGAAGAGAUUUAAGACAUGUCACGUGAUACAGUUUCCUCAAGGGGUCUAAUGUUGCAAGUGUACAGUAGGUCUGCUCUCCACAGGCCUUUGAUUUCCCUGCAGCUCUCCACACACAUGCCAUAAUUGUCCAUGUUGAAUGUGUAUGCUGACACCUUUAACAACCACUUGUUUGGAGUAUAUCGGACGACAGACAGUAAGUUUAAAUUGUUUUAUUUCCAUGACGUAGAAAACUGCAGUCACUCAAAAUCAAUAAACAAGGUUUUUUU